AUCGUAAAGCACAACAGCGCGGCGUGGGACAAGUAUGUGGAAGGUGGCAUAGAGUGGAGUGUGCCGGUCGAUGGAGACGCAAUCGCCGCAGCCCGGCAGGCCCUGCCGGGCGUGUGGCUGACCGACAAGACGCCGGUACCUUCAAAGUGGUUUGAGGGCAUCCCGGGCAAUGAUGCCCUGUGCCUCGCAGCCGGCGGCGGUCAGCAGGUUCCGCUUCUCGCGGCUGCCGGCUUCAAUGUCACCUCAUACGAUAAUUCCCUGCGACAGUUGGCGCAGGACAGGCUCGUCGCAGAGCGUGAGGGGCUGACAAUCAACACCGUGCAGGGCGACAUGGCUGACCUAUCGGCGUUUGCGGAUGCCAGCUUCGACCUGGUGUUUCAUCCCAUAUCGAACCUAUUCGCCGAGGGUGUGCUUCCCGUAUGGCGUGAAGCGUAUCGAGUCUUGCGUCCGGGCGGCGUGUUGAUGGCGGGCUUUAUCAACCCGAUCGAGUUCAUCUUCGACCGCGCUCGCAUCGAAGAGACGGGAGAAUUUGCGGUCAGGUAUGCCCUGCCGUACUCGGACAUCGAGAGCCUGUCGGAAGAAGAGUUGCAACGCUGGCUGGAUGAGGGAGAGGCGUUCGAGUUCGGGCACACGCUGACCGACCAGAUAGGCGGGCAGAUUGACGCGGGGUUCGUCAUCACGGGCUUCUAUGAGGACAAGCGGAUUCCGCAUGAACGCAGCGAAAAUGACCACGAGUUCCUGCUGUCCAGGUACACUCCCGUGUACAUCGCAACACGCGCGCUGAAGCAGACGUAG